CUAUCUUCACCGUUAUCCUUUGAUUAAGAUACUGCUUUGCCACAUCAUUCCCGACAUUCUCGUCUCAGUAGAAAACAAACAUCGAGACUCUUUUCUGCGGUAGACAAUCCAUCUCAUUUCAAAGGGGACAACUUACUUUCAUUUCUGACAUCAGGUCGAGUGACUUGAACGAAUUGUACCCUGGCCGAUUGACAGGCCGGUUAUCAUACGAUAAACGCAAACCGAAAAGAUGAGCUCGCCUACUAGCAAGUCAGCCACCGCUUCAAAGCCCACAACCACAUCCGACCAGGGUUCACAGCCAAAGCACCGAGCCUGCGAUGAGUGUCGGUCGCGCAAGUUGGCAUGUACCAAGGAGCCCGAAGGCUGCGCGCGCUGCAAGAAGGAGGGUAUAAAAUGCCACUACUCUCCUCAGAAGCAAAUGGGACGACCCCGUAAACGACAGCAUGUCGAAAUUUCGGAAGAAACCGAACGCAGCCAUAGCGAAGAUGCUGUGGCCGCUGCAGUAGCUGCAGAUUUCUCUUUUAUGGAUGCUACAGCUGGUGACGAGUUUGAUCUGUUCAGCUUAAUGGAGCCGUACAUACCAGAAGCUGUUCCAGAGCAGCAGACAUCUCAGCAAAUACCAGUGGACCCUAGCCUGAAUGUGGCAGACUUGAACUCCUUAGGCUACUGGGAAGGUUUAUCCACUGCAAGUGACAGUGGCAGCAAUUCGACGUUGGUCAUGACAGGUCCGUCUCUUGAAGACAGCUUUCUGUCGGGUUCUGCAUCACAAAACUUGCAGUCAAGCAACGGGCACAUCACGGAUUCUUUCUCAACAUAUGACACUCUGAGAGUCCCAGAAACGGCGCCAUACCCAACGUUGGAAAAUACGACACAUUCAGCUCCAUCGGACACAAGUCACGACGCAGCAUCCGAGGUUUGCGGUAGCCACUUUGCGACAGACCCCGGCCCACCCUGCGGCUGUCUGGCAAAGCUGUACCUGGCACUGGACUCCCUGCAAAACCUGCCAGCAGAAGUCGGGCCGGCGAUGGCGUGUGCCCGCAGCGCAGCAAAGACCGCAUACGGGGUGACCGAGUGCCCGUCCUGCAGCCCACCCGCCCUCGCCAGCCCGACCUUCCGCGCCUCUGUCCAGGCGUAUCAGAACAUGUUGAUACUGGGUGCUCUCCUCCCGUCCAUCGCCAACGCAUACCACCGGAUCCUGGCCAUGGUUGACGCUGAGGUGGCAAGGGCGACGGUUCAGGGUCGCGAGAUUCCCUUUUCGCUCCAGCAGUACGGAGGGCUCUGGGGUAGGCUCGGCACCGAUGCCUGCAGCAACGUCGCCGCACUCGAGAGGCAGACGCUGGCGCCCAUCAUGUGGAGGACCACCGUCCGCGCCCUGCUCAGGGUCGACGUGUACGGUUACAAGUUUGCAGGCCAGACCGGCGAUAACUCGAUCAAGACCUUGGCCCGGCGCCAGGUCGGGUUGAGGGAUAUCGUUGACUACCUGUUAGAGAGGCAGAGGAUGCGACACGCAAUGAUUGAUGAUCUUUGCGCAUCCGGGAAAAUGAUACAAUCCCAGUUGCACGGACACCAACCUACACCCCCCGGAGAAAAGCACAACUGCGAACGGAUUCUCGAGGUUGCGAGGAUAUCCAUUGAACAUCUUGUCAUUUCUUGAGAGGCAGGAGGGAUCAUCCGCGAGCUAGAUCAUGGAAACAUACUGAACGAGGUCACUUCGAG